UCAUCUAAGCAACAUCCGCAAAGCGCGGGGCGAACUUCGCGGGCCGCCUUUCUUAAGCUCUUCGGCUUGUUUUUGCUAUUUUUUUUUUUUGUUUACGCUUUUUCCUUGGGGGAUCUCCUUUCGCUUCGCAUCAUUGUUUCGCCGAACACCGGACGGCGGCGUCGAUCUCUCGUGUUGUUCUCAAAGUCGCGGACUCUUCUUGCCGAGCAGUAGUGAUCUUGGUGCUGGUUAGUUCUUGAUCAUUCGUUCGCUGGAUGUCCCACGGAUCGGUUCGAUUUUGUGCCGCGAUUACGCUCGUUCCGUCCAAGGAAUUUCGGUCCUGAAAGUAUCAGUGGUGCAGAAUAGUGCGGUGUUUUGCCAACCAGGCGCGACUAAUUAGAUUCACUGUACAAUAGAAUAGAAGCGCUGGGGUGGAAACGGAUCGAAAAGAUUGUAUCCCGCAGGUCAACAUUCCGUCAAUUCCGUGAAAACAAGUGUCGACUGGGUUGACUGGUGAAACAUUUGUGAUUCUGUACAAAACGGUACUAGUGCAAUUCGACGUUCACUGGUUUGGUGUGCAUUUACUUUGACCGCCGUGGAGAAAGGAACGCGGACACAUCCGAGUUUGACGGCGAAACAGAGCUCCGUUGUGACUUCAGGCUGCAACGAGUCGAUCGACACGUAACUCGCGGAAGAAGAUCUUACUAUUCGUGAUCUGCAUUUUUAGCAAACUACAGCCGCAGGAUGUCUUCCUGCGCUUGCCCGAUGAGCCCGCCAAUGGGGACCACAUUGGCGGCACUCUGCGGUGGAUCACAGUACAUGCUGUUCAUGGGUCUGCUGGAAGUGUUCAUUCGCUCCCAGUGUGAUCUGGAGGACCCCUGCGGCCGGAUGAAGACCAAAACAACCAGAAGUACAGACUACGAAUAUGAUUUCAUUGUUGUGGGUGGUGGAUCGGGAGGAUCAGUGAUGGCGUCGCGGUUGUCGGAGAUUAAAAACUGGAAGGUGUUACUGAUAGAAGCGGGUCCAGACGAACCGACGGGGGCCCAGAUUCCUUCCAUGUUCCUCAACUACAUCGGCAGCGAAAUCGAUUGGAGGUUCAACACCGAACCGGAGGAGUAUGCUUGCCUUGGAUCCCCGGAGCAGCGGUGCUACUGGCCUAGAGGGAAGGUUUUGGGUGGAACGUCCGUAAUGAAUGGAAUGAUGUAUAUUCGUGGUAACCCGGUGGACUACGAUGAUUGGGAAGCGAUGGGAAAUCCGGGCUGGAAAUGGAAGGACGUUCUUCCAUAUUUCCUUAAGUCGGAGGACAACCAACAGAUAGGCGAAGUCGAUAACAAGUUCCAUACAACGGGAGGUCUACUACCAGUUUCCAAAUUCCCCUACAGUCCUCCAUUUUCAUAUGCUGUGCUCAGAGGUGGCGAGGAAUUGGGUUACUCGGUGCAUGAUCUUAAUGGAGCCAACACAACUGGAUUCAUGAUUGCUCAAACUACGAGCAAAAAUGGAAUUCGGCACAGUUCUGCCCGAGCUUUCUUACGCCCAGCUGUGGACCGACAAAAUUUGCACAUUCUUUUGAACACAACUGUCACAAAAGUGUUGGUGCAUCCAACGUCCAAAACGGCUCACGGAGUCGAAAUCAUCGAUGAAGACGGUCACAUGAGGAAAAUUCUGGUGAAAAAGGAAGUCAUCGUAUGCGGAGGCACAGUGAACUCGCCGCAAAUUCUAAUGCUUAGUGGAAUCGGACCGAAAGCUCACCUGGAGAAAGUCGGUGUUCGACCCAUUCACGAUUUACCGGGUGUAGGUCAAAACCUUCACAAUCAUGUUGCAUAUUUCAUCAAUUUCUUUAUCAACGACACCAACACGGCACCGUUAAAUUGGGCCACCGCUAUGGAAUAUUUACUAUUCCGGGACGGUUUGAUGGCAGGAACGGGAGUUUCGGCAGUCACCGCGAAAAUCAGUACCAAGUACAGUGAACGGCCUGAUGACCCAGAUCUACAGUUUUACUUCGGAGGAUUCCUGGCCGAUUGUGCCAAAACCGGUCAGGUCGGUGAACUACUCAACAACAAUUCGCGCUCAAUUCAGGUAUUUCCGGCGGUUUUGCACCCGAGAAGCCGAGGUUACAUCGAACUAAACUCGACCGAUCCUUUGGAUCAUCCGAAGAUAGUGGUAAACUAUCUGCAGGAAGAUCACGACGUGAAGGUUCUGGUUGAGGGAAUCAAAUUUGCUAUUCGUUUAUCCGAAACUGAAGCUCUGCAGGCCUACGGAAUGCAGCUCGACAUGACACCGGUGAAGGAGUGCAUGUAUGCUGAGUUUGGAUCCCAGGAAUACUGGGAGUGUGCCAUUAGGCAGAACACCGGAGCGGAGAACCAUCAGGCUGGUUCGUGCAAAAUGGGACCACUGCGCGAUCCAAUGGCCGUUGUCGAUCACGAGCUGCGAGUGCACGGGGUACGAAACCUACGAGUAGUGGAUGCUUCGAUAAUGCCAAAGGUGACCUCCGGGAACACCAAUGCUCCGGUCAUCAUGAUUGCCGAGAAAGGGGCUCAUUUGGUUCGCCGAGCGUGGGGAGCUCGCUAGGAGAGCUACUCAUCCGUCGCUAUUGUCGCGAUAGCUGUACUAGCAUUUAGAGAACGGAAUUGGCCGUCUACUUUUCAGAAAUAAACUGAUAGCGAUUUAACUCCUCUGACCAUUUCGAUGCUCUUUCUGGUUCCAUGUAUUUUUGAAGCUAUUUCUGGCACAACAAAUGAUUUGUAGCUGCCACAAACCAGAUGUAUAGCUAAAACACGAAUUUCCAGUGUAAAAAUAUUACUUUUAUUCUGAGAUGUUCCAGUACGAAAGAAAUUUACAAAUAAUCCAGCCCAGAUAUAUUCACAUUUGAAUAUCGUAUUUAGACCUAAAACUGUUACUAUAGAAUAAGUGUCCGUCGUUACAGAAAUCUUUAUCGCUUAUUUCAUUUUAUGAGUCUAAACUAUACUUCCAUUUCCCCAGAAUGCUUAAACCAACCAAUUUCGUAGUAAUCAGUUCAAAUUAAUUUACUGGAAGAAUCAGUAUUUAAUAUAAAUGGUAUUGUUCUGAAUACCUAUUAAAUGCAAUUGCAUUCUUCACUUUUCAGUAAUUUUCAACAUCGAAUUCAUUAGACGAAUGUAUUAAUUCUGUAUGCGUAA